CUGUGCACCUGCUUCUCCCACACCGCUCGUGGCCAAGCAUUCGUGCCUCGAUAGCACUGUUCACACGCAACUUGCAGGCUGCUCAGGGCACUCGGAGCUCUUCAGGGCAGUCAGCGCUGACGCGAGCAACCUGCGAGCUGCUGAGGCGAGGGCGGGGCUGCUUGGUUUCGGAGGCGGUUUCGGACGAGCAUCUACGGGGUAAACAG